AUGAGCGCAAGAUCGAGUCCAUCCUCAUGCGUUUAUGGGUCCAUGAAUCUGAGGCAGAAGAUACAAUUUGCUGGUGGUAUUGGACAGCGUGAAAUGCUUCGUGCAGAUACGUUGCCAAGUUUAACUCGUGCACGGAUCGGUUGUUUUGCAAGAUUAGGCAUAUCGGAAGAAAACGCUCGUUUUGUACUACUUUCAAUUAUCAUACUUCUGUAUCUGACCAUCGGAGCCCUGAUAUUCUAUCAUCUGGAGCACAGUAACGAACUUAAGGAACGGGAAGAGGUAGUGUUGUUGUGUGUAGUUGUUUUUUUUUUCUUAACAUAA